GUGCAUGUGAAAAAGAUUAAAUUCUCCAUCAGAGGAACUUCAUUGCAAGUAUUUCUUAUGUUUAACAAAUCUUUGCCUCUUAAACAUUGCUCAUAAACUUGAAAGGAAAAUCAAAAUCAAAGUUUAGAAGUUAAACCAGAAGAAAUGGGAGCUAGAAGUUGGCACCUUGUGUUAUUUUCGUUGUGUCUAUCCCUCAGUUCAGGUUUAGGUACAGCCAUAAGAUUAAGAGAAGAUUCAUCAUAUGAAUUUAGUACAACUCAAUCAGAUUCAAUUCCUAUUGUGAACCCUACAACACCAGGAACAGGAGGAAAUCCUUAUCCUACUAUAAACCCAACAUCUCCUCAACCACCUGACACAAGUACAGGAGGACAAAACCCACCAAGCCCAGACACAGACACAACAAGCCCAACAAAUCCAUAUUCAAACCCCCCAACCUCUACAAGUCCCUAUUCAAACCCCCCAGCUUCUACUAAUCCAUACUCAAACCCACCAGCUUCUACAAAUCCAUACUCAAACCCAACAAGCCCAACCACAACAACUCCAACAAGCCCAACUGUGACUCCUACAACACCAGGAACAGGAUCAUCUGGUGGUGGUGGUGGUGGUGGUGGUCAAUGGUGUGUUGCAAGUGAAUCAGCUGCAGAGACUACUUUAAAGGUAGCUUUGGAUUAUGCCUGUGGAUAUGGUGCAGAUUGUUCACAACUUCAACAAGGUGGAGCUUGUUAUGACCCAAAUACUUUGAAAGAUCAUGCUUCUUAUGCAUUCAAUGAUUACUAUCAAAAGAAUCCUGCACCUACAAGUUGUGUAUUUGGAGGAGUAGCAUCACUCACAAGCAAAGAUCCAAGUCAUGGGAAUUGCCACUUCUCAUCCUCCAAAACAACAAGCAUGAGUCCACCAACAUAUGUAAGCCCACCAACUACCAUGACUCCACCGACACCGAUGACUAUGACCCCGCCAAGUAGUAUGACUCCACCAAGCAUGACAAUGCCUGAUCCUGAUGGAGGAUCAUCAUCAGUCUAUGGUUCACCACCAGGAGGAAGCCCCAAUAUGGCCACAUCAACUUCAUAUUCCAUACUGCUACUACUCACUACAAGCCUCUAUGCUACACUUCAUGUGCAAAAUUACGUCUAAAAAAGUCAGACAUUGACACGUGUCAGACACUGGACAAGAAUUAUUACACCGACCCUUGAUUGGAAUUCACACGGUCUUCCAGGAGAUUUUGCAAGAUUUCAAUGAAGAAGAGUCAAAGUGUCAUAUUUGCCAUAUGAAUUCUUGCAACUAAGAGUAGUGCUACACAAACACUACCUUGCAUCAAUGUAUCCAUUUAGCAUUAGUAGAUUUAUAGGUUAUUGUAGACAGUUCUUUUACAAUAUUUCAUACACACAAUAAAUUAUUAGAUUAUCUAUUUCAGAUAAAGGGAUACAUGUGUAAUACUAUUGAUGAAAACAUGGAAGUUCAAAUGUAGCAUAGCUAUUGAUUGAAUAUGGAA